GCGCUCCCUCGCAGAGACAGGCUUCAGGGAGCCCGAGGAGCAGACGAGCGACAGCGGGGGAGAGAGAAAGAUGGAGGUGAGGCUCCGGGAGAGACUCCUGUGCCUGGCCGUGCUGUCCAGCCUCCUCUGCGUGGAUUCCGUCCACGGGAAAUACGUCAAAGGCAUCGUCAACACCAAAGAGGACUGGGUUUUUCUCACUCGCUUCUGUUUUCUCACCGACUUUGGACGUCUGGAUUUCCGGUUCCGUUAUCCAAAGUCUCGCUGCUGUCAGAACAUAUUGCUGUAUUUUGAUGACAGUUCUCAGUGGCCAGCUGUGUACAAGAGGCCUGAAAAGAACUGCUACCAAAAGGAGGCAGUGCUACGGCCUGAGAACAACCAGGUCAUCAACCUCACCACACGCUACACCUGGUCAGGCUGCAUGGUGGAGGGAGAUGGGAAUGAAGAGGUUCUGAGCUGCGUGGGCGGCCGUAGUUUCCGUUCGGUGAGGGAGAGAUGGUGGUACAUCGCUCUCAGCAAAUGCGGGGGAGAUGGCCUGCAGCUGGAGUAUGAGAUGAAUCUAACCAACGGGAAGUCUUUCUGGACAAAGCAUUUCUCUGCAGAUGAGUUCGGAAUCUUGGAGACGGACAUCACAUUCCUGGUCAUCUUCUCCAUGGUGUUCCUCCUCUCCUGCUACUUCGCCUACAAUCUGAAGGGAAGACAGCUUCUUCACACAACCUACAAAAUGUUUAUGACAGCAGCAGGUGUGGAGGUGCUCAGCCUGUUGUUCCAUUGUGUCUACUGGGGCCUGUAUGGUAGAGAUGGAGUUGGCACCGGCAGCCUGAAAUUACUCGGGAAAUUACUGUUCUCCGUCAGUUUCUUGGUGUUCCUUCUGAUGCUCAUACUGCUGGGCAAAGGUUUCACUGUCACCAGGGCGAGGAUUAGUCACAGCGGCUCAGUUAAGUUGAGCAUCUACAUGACAGUCUACACCAUCACCUACGUCAUCCUGUUCAUCUAUGAAGCUGAGUUUUUUGACCCAGGUGAAGUGCUGUAUGCCUAUGACAGCCCCGCAGGCUACGGACUGAUGGGCCUGCAGCUGCUGGCCUAUGUGUGGUUCUGCUAUGCCGUGCUGGUCUCUCUGAAACACUACCCUGAGAAACAGCCCUUCUACGUCCCUUUCUUCACUACAUACACACUAUGGUUUUUUGCAGUGCCAGUCAUGGCUCUAAUCGCCAACUUUGGCAUCCCCCGCUGGGCUCGUGAGAAGAUCGUCAAUGGCAUUCAGCUCGGCAUCCACCUCUACGCUCACAUCGUCUUCCUUAUUAUCACACGACCUUCAGCGGCCAAUAAGAACUUCCCAUAUCACGUUCGAACAUCCCAGAUUGGGAUCUUGCUGUCCAGUCCGAAAGGGGGCGAGGGGGCGGAGAGUUUCCCACACCAUGCUUAUGGAAACAGCUCCUUCCUCGGAGAUUCUCAACCCAACUUUACCGAACUCUUUUCUAUCCAAUCAGACCCAGUGAAGACGGUGGAGGAGAUGGUGACCCGCAAGGGACAAGAGGUGCCAAGGAACAGCGAGCAGAAGAUCAUCACCACUGCCGCUGACUUGACAUCGAUAUUGCCCCCGCCUCCGAUCCCCCCUCACCCGGUCUCACGUUCACCCCCGCUGCCACCGCGGCUCCCUUCUUUCACUGAGUACUUCAGUAUGCAGGGCGGCGGAGGAGGAGGAGGGUUCGGAACGAAGGCAUGAGACACACACAGAGGUGGUGGUGGGGGGGGGGGACGACGGAAAGACGAGGAAGGCAGACUGACAAUACAACACACAGAAAGACUGAAUGUGGAAAUCAAGGUGUUACUUUGAAGACACAAGGAGGGCGGCCAAAAAGUGGACGGAAGAUGACAAGUCAUCGGAAAAGAGGUCCCUAAACGGUCCCUCUUUGCCUGUGAAUGGAAAUAACCAGAAUGGACGAGUGCAAGGAAAUAGCUGAGAGAUAGGAGUGCUGGGCUUGUUAAAAGAAUAAAGAAGCAAUAAAUAUUUGAUGUUGACCAGUAAAAGGCACACAGGGAGAAAGAUGACAAAGUGGAUGUAGCCAGAGCAAUAGAAUGAUAGCUGUGCACGAUGCGGAAACGAACAAAAUCCUGAAAUGGUUUUAUUCAAACAUUCAUGAGGCAUUGAUGGUGUGCCUGGGAGAGUUUGUAAAUAGCUAAAAAUGGAGAGAGCUGCCACUCUGUAUACUUUUAAGUUUUUACUCCAAACGAAGAAAUAUGUUUUGAUGGGGGGGUUUUUCCACGUCAUUAAAUUCCAGUCGGUGCUGUGACCAUUAAAAAUAUCACACCAUCACAUUAGUUAAUUAGAAAAGAUGUGUUUGUCAAAAUGUUUGGCGCAUUUGAUAAAACACUGGCAUUUUUUUUUUUUUUUUUUACACUUUAUGGAGUCUGUUGGGUUAAUUUAUAUUAUAUGCCUUUUUUGCAGCUGGUAAUUCUGGAUUGAUAUGCUGAUGUGUAAAUGUAAAAUGUCACGUUUACUGUGGGCACUUCUAGGUACUCGUAAAACACGCAUGUUUGUAUUGUACUUCCUGUCCAAAAAGGUGAUAUAUGUACUCCAUGUGACCAUACAAUAUUUGCUUAUUGUGUGUAUUGAAAGUGUUACUUUUGUAAAUACAUACAAUAGGCUUCAGUAUAUUUUUAAAUGGAGAAAUUCAGUUUAUUGAUACUCUGAUCAGAUUCCUCUCGUGCUGUCUGACGCUCAAUAGAAAACCAGUAUUAUAAUAUUGCGAAUUUUAGUUGAAUUUUUACCGAAGUGCAGAACAUGCCUGCUCGAAAAUGUCAUUUCUCUGUGUAUGUAGACGUUGGUGAAUGUACUGAUGCAAUACAGCACAAGGACAGGGGUGAUUUUAAAGUUACUGCAAGACCACACCUUUGUUGUCUUUUUCUCUCUUUGGCUUCCGUCCCAAACGUUCCAAGAUUCAAGAGCAGGCGGUUGCAUUUUUUUUUUUUUUUUUUUUUUUUUUUUUUAUAAUAAGUAACUUCAUCCUCACCCCUGUCUAGUACCUAAAUACUGGAUUUGUCAGCUUUUUGCACUUGAAUGUUUCUACCGUGCAAAAGGUUGAACAAAUAUUCCUAGUUUUGUAGCCCCUAACAUUGAGCUAUUAUGAAAGAAAAAAAAACAAAAAAAAAAAACAAGCCUUGUAGAUGAACUGUGAAAACAGCAACACAACUGUACAUUUUGUCUGUCCUGCAUGGAGCACUUUAAUGUUCCUGGUCUUAGUCUAUUUAUUCGUGAUGAUGUCACCUUAUAAGACUGCUUUGACACCUGUAUUAACAUCACAUCUAGUAGUAUUCCACACACAUACACCUGUAAAUACAGUCAGAAAAUAUCAUCGACUGCCCAGGUAGUUUGGGGAACGUUAUCGAGCUUGAGUCAACGCAUUUGCUGAAAAGAGUCAAGGUGUAAGAGUGUCACUGAAGACUACGUUUCCCACCAGCCUCCUCCAAAAAUCAGUGAAGGACACUAACAAAAAUUCGACUCUUUGCAUUUUUGCCAGAACGCACGGUUCAUGUGUUCAUUUAUUGAUUAAAAAUGGUAGUAAACAACUGCUAACCCACAGAUUUGUCAGUGGCAAACUUCCUGUAAUGGAGUCCUUUAGGGUGUUAGGCCUGUGGUGUGUCAUGUGUAAGAGUGUAGUCAGAGGUAUAACUUAGUCUGUGAAACCGAAUGAUACUUGAAUUAGAGUAUAGUCGUUAUUUCUGAUUAUAUGUCUGGUUUAUAUAUGGCAUGUGAGCCAUUUUGUCUGCUGUUGCCUAUUGUUCCGAUUGCCAUAACCUGACUCAAUAAAUAGACGUGGGGCUGAGACGACCGGACAGGCUUACUGACACCGUAUCACUGCUUCAACCUCGCGUAGACUGACGUAAGAUUACAGGACUUUGACACACACACACACACACACACACACACACGGAGAGUGAACUUAAAGCAAAGAGAUUAUGUAUGCAUGAGAGAAAACAGCACAGCUUUUAGGCUACUCAGAGCGAUCUGGUUAAGAGCACAUCACUGAAGCACCGUUCAAAUGCAUUUUAAUGGUGUUAAAUGACAAUUCUAAAUACGCUGUACAUAUACACUUUUUGCCAAAAUAAUAAAAAAAAAUAUGGUUUUAUUA